GUAGCGCUUAUAACUUUUGCGAUUUUUUUUUAAUUGGUAGCUUUUGGCGGUGAAAUGCAAAAUGGGAAAAUUAAGCCGGAGAAUCUCCUCCGACGAUCGCCGACGAAUCGUAAACUAACCACAGGCUGUGAAAUCCUCGACGGAUGUCUUCGCGGCGGAAUUUCCUGCGAUUCUUUAACCGAAAUCGUUGCGGAGAGUGGCUGCGGAAAGACACAGCUCUGCCUUCAGCUUUCGCUCUGUACCCAACUUCCGAUUUCACACGGCGGACUCAACGGUUCUUCUCUUUAUCUCCAUUCAGAGUUCCCAUUUCCGUUUCGUCGUCUCCAUCAGCUCUCGCACACGUUUCAUCAAUCAAACCCUAGUAUUUACGCGAAUUACAAUGAUAAUCCUUGUGAUCAUGUGUUUGUACAAAAUGUCCAUUCUGUAGACCACCUGUUCGACAUAAUGCCUAGGAUAGAUGGGUUUGUUGGGAAUUCGAAAACUAGGUUUCCGUUGAAGUUGAUUGUGCUUGAUUCUGUAGCGGCAUUGUUUAGAUCGGAGUUUGAUAAUACUCCGUCUGAUCUUAAGAAGAGAUCUUCUUUGUUUUUCAAGAUAUCUGGGAAAUUGAAGCAGUUGGCUAGCAAGUUUGAUUUGGCUAUUGUGAUUACGAAUCAGGUUACGGAUUUGGUUGAAACUUCUGAUGGGUUAAGUGGGCUGAGGAUUGGGAAUUUGAGGUAUUUGUAUUCGUCUGGAAGACGAGUUGUUCCUUCUUUAGGCUUGGCUUGGGCUAAUUGUGUGAAUUCCAGAUUUUUUAUUUCACGAAGUGAUGGUAGUAUUGUUAAAGAUAGAAGUGAAAAGGACGAGAAUUGUUCAAGUUCUGUGUCCAGAAGUGCUAAGAGACGGCUUGACAUAGUGUUUUCACCUUAUUUGCCUGGGAGUUCUUGCGAGUUCAUGAUCACACGAGAGGGGAUUUGUGCGGUUCAAGCGUAGGUGAACUCGGGUGCUAUGUAGGAUAGUUUUUGUUCGAAGCAUCACCGGAUUUUUUGGAGUAUUUGUUCAUUAGCCAUUAUUUAUGUACAUUGCAGAAGGAUCCGGAGAUGGGUUGCAGCAAAGCCAGGUUUAUUUUUUCGGAUUCCUCCUCUUGGUUAGAUGUGAUAUGUGCUUGUUUUUAGUUUAUAAGCAUUCUAUGUUCAAUUAUUCAUAAUAAAGCUUUUUAAAAGAUUCCUGUUAGCUCCUAAGUCUACUGCAAGCUUCUCACUUUGUUCUCUGAUUCUCUUUUCUUUGCAUCAUUGAAUUUGCACGAAGUCGAAAAUUUCCCACUUGGUUGCUAUCUUCAAAUCGUUUCAUUUGUUGAGUAAAUUGCUGAUGUGAUCUUUAUAUCUGGCCGUAAUAUCUUUAUGAAUAGGUAGUGUUGAUCAUCCUGGUGGAUAUGGUUUUUGUAUUUAUUUUCACUUGAACUCUGUAGCUAAUUUCUCGAUUCUAACCAGAAAAUGACUGAAACCACAAAAUAUGAUGAUGCAUGCCUUCAUAAGUGCCAUAAGUAAUUAAUCUAGUUAACAUACUUCAUUGUCCUAUUGGUAAGCAAAUGGAGUUAAAACAGAUUACUUGUAGCUAAAAGAUCUUUAACACUUCGAUUGUUUUCUAUUUUUCCGUGGUUAUUCAGUGGCAGAGGAAUCAACUGCAGUUCGAGAGGAUCAAUUCAGCCUCUGAUGUAUACAAGAAUGAGAGAUUCCGCCUAAGGCUGUUGCUAAAAACAACCAUUGAAUCAUCUGAAGGACACGACGGAGCUCUACAAGAGGAAAAAUUUUUUGGCCGUUGUUGGUCUUUGGAUUAACAAAAGCUCUGUAUACGAAUCUUCACUUUUAUUUUGUAUAGAAGAAGACUAAACAUAUUUAGUUCCAAUGUAUAAGUUUCAACAUCUCUUAUUAGCA